AAAUAUCAUGCUUUCAUCUUGCCAUGCCUGCGCUCUCGAGUCUCUCCCUCAGCACCCAUUCCACAAACGAAGGUUCGAGUCACAACAAACCCUCUCUCUCCUGCAGAAAUCUCGCAAUCUCAAACAACUACAACAAAUCCACGCCCACAUCCUAAAAACCAAUAUCGCCCACAACCAAAUACUCCUAACGAAACUCCUCUCCCUCUAUUCCUCCCACAAAAACCUCGACUCCGCCCUCCUUUUCAACCACAUCCAAACCCCUCUCACCUUCACUUGCAAUAUCAUGAUCCGCAUCCACACCCGAAACGGUGCUCCCCAUGAUGCGCUCCUCGUCUACCGCCUCAUGCUUUUCCGCCGCAUACCGCCCGAUAAAUUCACUUUCCCUUUCGUCAUCAAAGCCUGCUCGAGUCUCAAUUCCCACGCUGCUGUCAAGAGCGGGAGAUCAGUACAUGCCCACGCCGUCAAGGCUGGGUUUUCGAUGGACCUGUUCGUGCAAAAUACCCUCAUGGAUCUGUACCUUAAACAUGGGCUUAUGGGUUGCGGUCGUAAAGUGUUUGAUAAAAUGCGUGUUAGGAAUGUUGUUUCGUGGACGACUGUGGUCUCGGGGCUUGUUGUCUGCGGGGAAUUAGAGGCCGCGCGUGAUGUAUUUGAGAAAAUGCCGGUUAGGAAUGUGGUGUCCUGGACAGCGAUGAUUAAUGGUUAUGUUAGACAUGGGCGGCCUCAAGAAGCAUUCGAGCUUUUCCACCAAAUGCAGGUGGAAAAUGUCCGGCUGAAUGAUUUUACGUUGGUGAGCUUGUUGUUGGCUUGCACCGAGUUGGGGAGCUUGAAGCUGGGUAGUUGGAUUCAUGAGUUUGCGCACAAGAAUGGGUUUGAGUUGGGUGUUUAUCUUGGCACAGCACUCAUAGAUAUGUAUAGUAAAUGUGGUAGUAUACUGGAUGCGAUGAAAGUGUUCGAUAAAAUGACUAGUAGGAGUGUGGCAACAUGGAAUUCGAUGAUCACGGGGUUGGGUGUGCAUGGGCGGGGAAAUGAAGCCAUUGCUCUAUACAGUGAGAUGGCGAGGAGGAACGUAAGGCCGGAUGAGGUGACCUUCAUAGGCGUUCUCUGUGCAUGCGUUAAUGCUUGUAUGGUGGAUGAGGGUUUUGAGAUCUUUGAAAACAUGAUCAAACAUUAUGGCAUCAUUCCUACCCUCGAGCAUUACGGGUGCAUGGUCGAGCUUUUGGGUCGUGCAGGCAUGUUAGAUGAAGUGCAUGAUGCCAAUGGAGGCUGA